GGAGGUGGGUGAGGUUGCUGCAGCAGCCCCAAGUGACAGUGACAGUCAGAGUGCUCCGCAGCCACGCACCACUACUAAGACUGGGCGGAAUGUUAAGUUUAGUUUUGCUGAAAAUGUGGCAUUGGUGCGUGAGCUGAUGAAGUAUCAGAGGCAGCUAUUUGGCCCUGAGUCCGCCAAGGUGCCAACACGGAGGAAGACGGUGUUGUGGGCGAAAGUAGUUGCUGCUGUCAAUAGUGAGGGGGUGGUCAAGCGGACGGAGGACACGUGCCGCAAACGGUACUAUGACAUAAAGCGACGUUUCAAGUCCAAAAUGGCCACGGAGGCCAAGUCUGCUCUGCAAACCGGUGGUGGGCAGCCCUAUAUUGCAAGUUAUCUGGAGUAUGAGGAGCCCAUGCGGAGUGCAAUACCUCCAGAAGUUGUCUCUGCAACCCAUGUCCGGGAUUCAGAUAGGCCCAGGAAGAAUGUAUCUGAAAAAAGCAGUACUACUCGUCGGCCAGUAACUCCUAGCACAUCUGAUGAUCAUGACGCCGCGGAAGCAGGUCCAUCAAAAGAAGUAUGGAGCAGCAGAAGUGGCACUUCUGUAAGACAUCACCACAAAAAACCUGUGGCCGAAAUGAAAGCAAGGUCGUAUGUCCCGGCACAAACACAGCAGGCUACCCCGCCACGAAGAUUAUCGUCCGUAUGUUCUGUACCCCCCAAAUUUUGGACACACCUCCAAGACGUCAUCCACACUCCCCUCAUCUUGAUUCUUCGAGUCCUGGGAACAGCAUCCCUCCGCAACAACACCAACACAGUGAUAUGGAGGAGACAAACAUCUUAGAAAUGCAGCCAUUAAUGCAAGGAUUGAGCCCCUCAGCACCUGUGAGUACACUACCACAGCAAAGCACACCACCACCACAACACAGCCCAACAACACCAGGAACACAAGGCCCUGAUCAGGUAUUUUGGACUAUUUGGGCUAGACAGCAGGCCACUAAUGAAGAUUGCCUGCAUAAGCAGACACAAAUGUUUGCAAGCCUACCAUCUCACCUCAGAAGAAUAUCAAGAAAUCUGAGUAGACAAAAUGAGCAAACAACCAGAAUAGGCAAUACCAUGGAACUCAUGCGUACAGACAUUACACAGGUCAUGGGCAACUUACAGCGCAUAAUGGAAGAACAGCACAGACUAAUGGAAGAACAGCACAGACUAAUGGAAGAACAGCACAGACAACAGCAAAGUUAUAUGAGCAUUUUUCAAAACAAUCAAAAGAUUAAUUAAAGUUUAUUCCGAAUAGUAGACAAUCAAAAUGCUGCUACACGUGAACUCAAUGCCACCCUCACUAACCUGAAUGAAACACUCAGAUGCAUGCACCAAUAGCAAACAAGCAGCAGUUCUGGUACGACUACUCCAAAUAUCACGCCAGUCUCAUCACCACCAAGACGGUCCACCAGAGCACGCCAACAUGACAGUGCUAAAGGCAAAGGGCAGGACAAGCAGCCACCCAAAAAAACGUGAAAAAAAACAAGUUAGACAUUUGUGAUAAGUAACUCAAAAUAGUUAGCAAGUGUUUUUGUUGCUUAAAAAAAUAUAACACUUAGCUCCUUGACCCUUUUUCCAACAUCAUUUUUUAUAAGUGGCCCAAAAUAAAAUAAAAAUUUAGUACGCACAUUUAUUCAUUAACAUUUUUUUUUGGUAUUGGAGGAGGGAAAUGUUGAUGGAGCCACACAUACAUGUUAGCAGGAAGUAAACUGACCACUUGAUUUUUUUCUAAUCAUUACUCUUUCUAGAUUCCAAUCAUUUUCUUUGCCUGCAGAUACAAUAAUUGCCAGCCAGGCAGAAUGUCUUUAGCAGGAAGUAAACUGACCACUUGAUUUUUUUCUAAUCAUUACUCUUUCUAGAUUCCAAUCAUUUUCUUUGCCUGCAGAUACAAUAAUUGCCAGCCAGGCAGAAUGUCUUUAGCAGGAAGUAAACUGACCACUUGAUUUUUUUCUAAUCAUUACUCUUUCUAGAUUCAAAUCAUUCUCUUUGCCUGCAGACAAUCCAAAUUACAAUGUUAGUGAUACAUAUCUUAGCUAUCUUAUCUAUACAACAUUACAAGAAGAACACAAUUGAGUUGCGUAAAAAGCUUGUAAUAUGUUUCCUUUGUUUUGUUGGACAAACAUUGUCCAAAUGAAUGUCAGUAUUGUUGGGACAUGUUUGUGUGUGUUUUAAAUUAUUAAGCAUGUUUUUACACAUGAUGCUGAAACAAACAAAUAUGUACUUUUACAACAAAAAACAAAAACUGUGUAUAAUAAUGUAUAUGUGUGGCAAACUGUGUAUUUACUUACACAUCAUCAAGU